GUUUUUGCCACUGUGCCGCUGCUCCUGCUGCCACUACUCACUAAGCUGCAAUUACCUGCUCUAUACACCUGUAACCCUGGGAGUUACACGACUGGAUUGCACCACAAUGUGCUUUCAUUGUAUUUGAUGGGUUAGAAAAGAUGGAAAUAACUGGCUGACUACUGCAUCAAAAACCGUGCUGAGUUCCAGAUCGUUAAUCCUGCAAGUCGGAUACAGUCCUGCAAGAUGUGACAAAGAACCCGUCGGGGUCAAGAGAACCUCAGGGAUAAACACCAUUGUGAAGUGCCCUGGUGCAAGGGCUGCUAACCCCGAGACUAGCUAUGUGUAAGAAGAGAAAAGACUCGCAUUACCUACGCUUUCCUCGUAACAAGGGUUUCUCCUGGUAAAAUUACAUCAGACACAGGAUGUACUAAAAAGAAUAAACAAGAAAGUGAACAAUUGUCCCUUCAUAGGAGAAGAUGAAUUUUACAAACUGCACGGCAGAAACUAUCACAAACAAAUCAAAAACAGUCACUGAAAAGAUGAUUAUUUCCUUAACCUUGGCCAUCAUAACUACCCUCACCACGCUAUUGAACUCAGCUGUCAUCCUGGCGAUCUGCAUGACCAAGAAAUUACAUCAGCCAGCCAAUUAUUUAAUUUGCUCCUUAGCUGUUACUGAUUUUCUAGUUGCGAUUUUAGUAAUGCCUCUAAGCAUUGCCUACAUAGUGAUGGAUUCUUGGACACUUGGCUACGUGAUAUGUGAGAUAUGGCUAAGUGUUGAUAUGACCUGCUGUACUUGUUCCAUACUUCACCUGUGUGUGAUUGCUCUCGACCGGUACUGGGCAAUUACUGAUGCUAUCGAAUAUGCCAGGAAAAGAACAGCCAAAAGAGCUGGAGUAAUGAUAUUAACAGUAUGGGCAAUAUCCAUUUUUAUUUCUAUUCCGCCAUUGUUCUGGAGAAAUCACCACAAUGUGAGUACACCAACGAGGUGUAUCAUUCAACAUGACCAUGUGAUCUAUACAAUUUACUCCACUUUUGGGGCAUUUUACAUCCCAUUGACUUUGAUACUUAUCUUGUACUACAGAAUUUAUCAUGCUGCAAAGAACCUUUACCAAAAGAGAGGUUCAAGCCGACACUUGAGUAACAGGAGCAACGACAGCCAAAACUCUUUUGCCCACUGCAAACUUACGCAGACCUUCUGUGUGUCAGAUUUUUCCACUUCAGACCCUACAAUGGAAUUUGAAAAGAUUAACACAUCUGUGAGGACCCCGCCAUAUGAUAAUGACCUUGACCUGAUUGGGGAUCGUCAACAACAGAUAUCCAGUACUCGAGAAAGAAAGGCUGCACGCAUUCUUGGACUUAUAUUGGGUGCUUUUAUGAUAAGUUGGUUGCCAUUUUUUAUAAAGGAACUUGUUGUAGGGCUUAGCCUUUGCACUGUGUCCCCAGAAGUGGCUGACUUUUUAACAUGGCUGGGCUAUGUGAAUUCGCUAAUUAACCCCCUCCUUUACACUAGCUUCAAUGAUGACUUCAAGCUAGCAUUUAAAAAACUCAUCAGGUGCAAAGAGCACACUUAAAUCAUAACACAUUCAUGCACAUCUUACUGUCUUUUAGGCCUUAAUGGUGAAAAUAAAUAUGUAAUGCAAGGUUGCCUUUUGGUAAGGGGAACAAUAAUUAAAAUAAUUUUAUUCAUUUCAUUUUUUGCUUGGUGUUUAUCUUUACAUCCUGUCAUGUGAUACAGUUUUCUACCUCUGUUAUUAAAAAUAAAACAUACUGAAUAAUUUUACAAUGCCUGUUAAAAUGU